UCGGGAGGUGCGGCCCGGGGAGGGGCCCGGAGCGGGAAGGUGCCCGGUGCUGCCCAGUCUUUGUCUGCUGCCUCCGGAUGCUCAGCGAUGGGGGAAUGGACCAUCUUGGAGAGGCUGCUGGAAGCCGCGGUGCAGCAGCACUCCACUAUGAUCGGGAGGAUCCUCUUGACUGUGGUGGUGAUCUUCCGGAUCCUCAUUGUGGCCAUUGUGGGGGAGACAGUGUACGAUGAUGAACAGACCAUGUUCGUAUGCAACACACUGCAGCCCGGCUGUAACCAGGCCUGCUAUGACCGCGCCUUCCCCAUCUCCCACAUACGCUACUGGGUCUUCCAGAUCAUAAUGGUGUGUACCCCCAGUCUCUGCUUCAUCACUUACUCUGUGCACCAGUCUGCCAAGCAACGAGAACGCCGCUACUCUACUGUCUUCCUGGCUCUGGACAGAGAUCCUCCUGAGUCCAUGGGGGGUCCUGGAGGAACUGGGGGUGGGGGCAGCGGCGGUGGCAAACGAGAAGAUAAGAAGUUGCACAAUGCCAUUGUCAAUGGGGUGCUACAGAACACAGAGAACACGAGCAAGGAGACGGAGCCAGAUUGUUUAGAGGUGAAGGAGCUGACCCCACACCCAUCGGGGUUGCGCACUGCAGCUCGAUCCAAGCUCAGAAGGCAGGAAGGCAUCUCCCGCUUCUACAUUAUCCAAGUGGUAUUCCGCAAUGCCCUGGAGAUUGGGUUUCUGGUGGGCCAAUACUUCCUCUAUGGCUUCAGUGUCCCGGGGCUGUAUGAAUGUGACCGCUACCCCUGUAUCAAGGAGGUGGAAUGUUAUGUGUCCCGGCCUACUGAGAAGACUGUUUUUCUAGUGUUCAUGUUUGCGGUGAGCGGCAUCUGUGUUGUGCUCAACCUGGCUGAACUCAACCACCUGGGAUGGCGCAAGAUCAAGCUGGCUGUGCGGGGAGCCCAGGCCAAGAGAAAGUCAGUCUAUGAGAUCCGCAACAAGGACCUGCCCCGGGUCAGCGUUCCCAACUUUGGCAGGACUCAGUCCAGUGACUCUGCCUAUGUGUGAAAGGGCAGGUUUGGGGAAGGCCUAGGGGGUGACAAGGAGCCCCAAGGCAGAUGGCUACAGAGGAUGGCUCUAUCUGCCCUCAUUUAUGUGACUGUCAUCACUGAGAUCUAGAAUAAGGCUGGUUAAGAGAAGUUCUUGCAUCAGUUGGAGAGGAGAGAAAGUAGGACCGUUAGCACAUCACACCACUGGUUCCAGAGACAACUGGACAGAGUGAUGAGAUGGAUAAGCUGGACUCCUUUGGGCCCUUUUCUUUUGUGGUCCAGUUUGAUCCUGAUCAUAGUGGACUUGAACAGCUCCCAAGUAGGACUUAGCUCUGCUAAGCUCUGUAUUCUGGUGAAUGGCAUGAGUCAACUAUUUUACUGUUACAAAAUUUGUGACCUAUCUCAACACAACCCUUCAUCCUGGGCUGCAGGACAAACAUCCUUGAGGCAUCCUUCAUGUACCUAUCCCAUCAGCAUGCCCUUCUCCCUCAACCCAGGACAGCAUGCCAGCUUUCUCCUCAAUCUGGCCUUACAGUAGACCUAAUAUGGUUUAUCUGCAAGCUAGAGGGAAUUCUGUGGGGUGCUUUUUAGAGAAUGGCCAUGGCAUAGGUUUGUAUCACAGCCCCAUCUGAUUGGCCCUUAGUCAUUAUGAAAACCUUAGGAAUGUCUCAAUAUUUCCACUUUUCUAACUCAAACUGCACUGGU